GUGGUUCCGUCACGACCGUCCACUCCUCCCCAUCCCUGCGGUUCUCCUCUCCAAAUAAAGAAAUGAACGGUCCAUAUGCCACACGAGCUCCAAAAACACUCUCAAUGAAGAAGAUCCAAGAUCGAUAAAUGGUGAUUUCUUUAAUAAACGGAGCGUCACCGCCGCCAAGUACGUCGUUUUGCGGCAGGGCAGGGUCGGCUACUGAGUUUGGCGUAUUCAAUGCGAGGAGGAAGAGAGUGGGCUUAUAUGAUGGAGGAGAUUUUCGGGGUACAAUUCGGUGUGUCAAGGCCUCCGCAGAGCGGAGCAGUGAAGGGAUUGAGGAGAGAGAGAGUCGGCGAGGGUAUGUGGGACCUGCAAUGGAGGUUACCACAUUCGAUAGUGGCCGCUUCGGUGGCGACGCCGAGUUCCCCUUUUGGGAGAAGAUUGGGGCGGUUGUUCGACUCAGCUACGGAAUCGGUAUAUAUGGAGCAAUGGCUCUAGCAGGAAGGUUCAUAUGCUCAAUCACUGGAAUUGAUUGCAUGGGGGGUUUUCAUCCGUCCUUGGAUGCUAUUCUAGAAGGUCUUGGCUAUGCGGCUCCCCCCAUCAUGGCCCUUCUAUUUAUACUAGAUGAUGAAGUUGUGAAGUUAUCACCUCAUGCCCGAGCCAUCAGAGAUGUGGAAGAUGAGGAACUGUGGAGUUUCUUUUAUGGGAUGUCACCAUGGCAGUUCAUACUAAUAGUUGCUGCAAGCUCAGUGGGCGAGGAGCUGUUUUACCGGGCCGCUGUACAGGGUGCACUGGCGGAUAUAUUUCUGAGAGGGACAGAUUUGUUAACAGAUGUGCGAGGAAUAGCAUCUCUUACCGGCGUGCUGCCUCCAUUUGUCCCGUUUGCUCAGGCCUUCGCAGCUGUAAUAACAGCCGCACUUACAGGAUCUCUUUAUUAUGUGGCUGGUUCACCCAAAGAUCCUACUUACAUAGUUGCGCCAGUUUUACGAUCUUGCUCUGGUCGUCAAGAUCUUAAAAAGCUUUUUGCAGCCUGGUAUGAGAGGAGGCAAAUGAAAAAGAUUUACUCUCCUCUACUGGAAGGACUUUUGGCCCUCUACCUUGGUAAUGAAUGGAUCCAGACGGAUAAUAUUCUUGCGCCUAUGAUUACACAUGGCAUAUACUCUGCCGUCAUACUUGGACAUGGGCUUUGGAAGAUACAUGACCAUCGGAGAAGACUACGCCAGAGAUUACAACGACUUAAGUCGGUUGGAGAAAACCCUAAUAAUCUAUAAGAAUAUUCUUGGAGAAGAAACCGCCCAAACGGGGAGUUUGGAAAUCUGUACAACAUAGGUAAGAGCUGAAUAAUGUAGAAUUGUGUUUAAGUGGCACCAUACACUGAUAGUACAUAAGUUGAACGAAGGAUAUAUACUAUAUAGCAUAGAUAGCACUAUACGCUGUAGAUAAUGAGCUUCUAUUGUAUUGUAUACGAUAUUGUUUGCACCAAUUCUAGUCUCCCAAAUUUUGUACCAA